AAGCAAUAAAAUGCCGAGGGCGGAGCCAAGAGCGACACUGGGGGAGCAGGAAAAGGCGGGGCUUCCGCUUGGGGCAUGGAGGCUGUGCCUCUUACGUCACUUCCGUAAACAAACGGAGCUGCGGAGGAGCGGGUCCCGGGAUGUGACCGGUGCUCUACUUGUGGCUGCGGCGGUGGCUUCUGAGGCUGUCGGGUCUUUGCGGGUUGCGGAAGGGGGCCCCAAUACCCUUCUUCUUCAGGUCUUAAGAAGCUGGCCGUGGUGCAAUAAGGAACUUAAAACAAUGGAAGAGCGGAAAGUGAAGAGGAGGAGUCCUAAGUCUUUUAGUGCCCACUGUACUCAGGUUGUCAAUGCCAAAAAAAAUGCCAUUCCAGUGAGUAAAAGCACAGGGUUUUCAAAUCCUGCAUCACAGUCAACUUCACAGCGACCAAAGUUAAAAAGAGUGAUGAAAGAAAAGACCAAACCUCAGGGCGGAGAGGGCAAAGGCGCUCAGUCAACUCCGAUCCAGCACUCCUUCCUCACUGAUGUCUCAGAUGUUCAGGAGAUGGAGAGAGGGCUGCUCAGUCUUUUGAAUGAUUUCCACUCUGGAAAACUUCAAGCAUUUGGAGAUGAAUGUUCCAUUGAACAGAUGGAACAUGUUCGGGGAAUGCAGGAGAAAUUAGCUCGCUUGAAUUUGGAGCUCUAUGGGGAGUUAGAGGAACUUCCUGAGGAUAAGAGAAAAACAGCCAGUGACUCCAAUCUGGAUAGGCUUCUGUCAGAUUUAGAAGAAUUGAAUUCUUCCAUGUAUCCUUUGUCUGCUAUCAACAGUGAAAAGUUUACAACUUAACAAUUUCUGGCCGGUUUUCUGGAUGCCCAAGAAACACAUCAUGUUCAUUCUCAUCAUAAUGCGUUUGUUCAGGUUGUACCUCCUACCUAGAGUUACUCUCAUCUCCUUGUUCUCCUUAUCAUGUUACAUUCAAGCUGACCACUUCCAUAAAGGAUUUCAUUUGUACCUUAACCUAGCAUUCUGCCUUAUGUUAUUAUCUGUUGAUUUUUACAUGUGUUAAAUCGCAGCCUUCCAAUUGGACAAGAAUGUCUUUGAUGGCAGUGCUUAUGUCUGUACAUUUUUGCAACCUCUGCCAUACAUGUACCGCAAGCAUUUAGUUGCCUUCAGUGUAUUCAUAUCAUUGAAUUAGGUCUUGAAAAAUAAGUAACAGGUGGAUAAAUAUAGGUCAGUGAGAAAAAUUAAAGACAGUGAUUAUAAGAAGGGAUGAGUAAUUCAUGCAAGAUUCCCGUCCUAUUUCCAGUCUUCUUGAGGAACAAUUAAGAGAAUUAUAGAAAAGAUUUUAGAGCUGUAAUGAUUUUAUUUUUGGACUUUUAAACAGAAUUGUUCUCCCAAAGAUGAUAAAGUGGUGUCUUCUCUAAAGAUUUUUUUAAUCUAGUGUCUUGUCAUGUUUGUCUCUAAUCAGUUCCUUACUAUGAAAAUGAUUAUUGACACAUUAAAAAUAACUCUGGGCCAGGUGUGGUGGCUCACACCUGUAAUCCCAGCACUUUGGGAGGCCGAGGCAGGAAGGUUGCUUGAGGCCAGGAGUUCAAGACCAGCCUGGGCAACAUAGCGAGACUCCUCCCCCAUCUCUAACAAAGAAUAGAAAAAUUAGCCAGGUAUGUUGGCACAUGCCUUUGGGAGGCUGAGGUGGGAGGACUGCUUGAGCCCAGGAGUUCAAGGCUACAGUGAAGUAUGAUCGUACUACUGCAUUCCAGCCAGGGAAACAAAGUGAGUCCUUAUCUCUAAAAUUUAAAAAAAAAAAAGUCUUCAAAUUCUAGACAGAGUAUAAUUUACUACAUUUAAAAGUUGUCUUACCACAUCUGAGUGUCUCAGUAGCAACACAAGAGCUUUUCCUUUGAACAUAUCUCUUUUUUAAAUACCGCUUUCUCUUUGCUCCUGAAUGUAAUUUUCAGAAAUGUAAAAGAAGUACCCCUUAUAGAAUGAAAAUCUUCUUAACUGAUUAAUUCAGACAAAAACUCCAUUUGGCAGAUGCACAAGAUGUUCCAAAUACUUCUGCUAGCUAAAAUGAAAUGUAGUUUGCUUUCUUGUGAUUUGAAGAGAAGCAGCAGUCUUUACUUUUCCAGCCAAAUCCAGUAGCAGAAUCAUCUUCCACAACAAGGAAUUAAAGUAAUUAAAGUGCAAGUGCAAUGAUCGUUUUCACUUACUGCUUUUAGUAAAUGUGACUCGCUGUAAUUCGCCAUAACUGGAGGCCUAGGCCUUGUUGAAGGCUUCAUCAGGAAAUGUGAUGCAGAGAUUGUGCUGCUAUGCUUCAUAUUGUUGCCUUAUGGGAUUAUACUUGAAAUGCAUUGUGCUAAUGGUCUUGACAGGGCUGAGGGAUUUCUCUUUCCUGAGCUCACCAAACUUGUUCCAGUGUUGAUCGCAAGCUGUUGAUGCACAGGCGUCUUGUGGCAAGCCCAGCUUCAGUUUACGUUAGACAAUCAGUACACACGCUGGUGUGUUUUCCAAUGGCCAGUGAUAAGAAAUUAAAUAUUUGUGAGAUUUGCUAUUUUUUAAUAAAGUAAUUGUUUUAAAUUAA